CUCUAUUUUCUUCCCACUUUCCGUUCCUUUCCUUUCCUCAAAUUUCACUCCCCGCGAAACACGUCGUCACCGCCACCUCCCUCCGUCUCCCGGUGUCGUUUCGUUCAAACCUCUCCGAUCCUCCCAAUUUUCUCUCUCAUCCCGAUCUCCCCCGUCUCUCUCUCUCUCCGACAAUUCUCUUCCCAAGAAUCUAGCCCCGAAAAAAUCCAACCACAUAGUCACACAUAAACUCAACUACUAUAUAUACAAAUGGAUCGGCGGAGGACGGGGAGCCCGGUGUACACGCGCCAGUGGAGCGGCAGCAGCACCGGAUCAUCCUCGCCGGCCAUGUCGCCGGCGCACCCCGGAGCGCGGCUGCCGCCGUCGAGCGGAUUCUCCACCAUCAAGCGGACUCAGAACGUCGCAGCCAAGGCCGCCGCGCAGCGCCUGGCGCAAGUCAUGGCCUCGCAGGCGGCCGACGAGGACGACGACGACGACGAUCUGGGGUUCCGGAGGCCGGCCCCGGCUUCUGGAAGCAGUUUUAAUCGGAGUAGCAACGGCGGACCCGCUGUCUCGAUUGCUAGGCCUACUAGAUCUCCGUCACCCGCGUUAGGUCGGAACUUUAUGGAGCAUACCCCGGCAGUUCGUUCUACUUCAGCUGGAAGACCGUCAAUGUCAGUUCGUUCAACAACAACAUUAGUGCCACGUAGUCAAGUGCCGCUGAGAACGCCGGUCUCCAUUCCACCAAUAGAACCUCCUAGUGCCAGACUAAGGGAAACGAGGUUUACGUCUGAUGCUGGACCUAUUGACAUGAAAGAUACAGGAAAUCUGCGGGAGGCUUCUGCGCUUAGAGAUGAACUUGAAAUGCUACAGGAGGAAAAUGAAGUUGUCCUUGAUAAGCUUCGGCAUGCAGAAGAAAAGCGUGAAGAAGCUGAGGCCAGAGCCAAGGAGCUUGAGAAACAGGUUGCUUCUCUUGGGGAAGGUGUAUCGCUGGAAGCUAAAUUGUUGAGCAGGAAGGAAGCGGCAUUGCGUCAAAGAGAGGCUGCCCUUAAAGCUGCAAAACAAACGAAGGAUGGCCGAGAGGAGGAAAUUGCUUCCCUUCGUGUGGAAAUUGAGAACUUAAAGGAUGAUACUGCAAGUGCUGUAGAACAGCUCCAAGAGGCAGAAUCUGAAGCAAAAGCUCUUCGUACGAUGACGCAGAGAAUGAUUUUGACUCAUGAGGAGAUGGAGGAGGUUGUUUUGAAGAGGUGUUGGCUUGCCCGCUACUGGGGCUUGGCUGUACAACAUGGCAUAUGUGCAGAUAUAGCAGUCUCAAAGCAUGAGCACUGGUCAUCUUUAGCACCUCUUCCCUUUGAACUUGUUGUUUCUGCUGGACAAAAAGCCAAGGAGUCUUGGAAGAAUGGAAAUGAUGAUUCGGAUAGGAGGAGCAAAGUUGUUCGAGAUCUGAAUGACCUAACCGGUGAAGGAAAUAUCGAAAGUAUGCUUUCAGUUGAAAUGGGCUUAAGGGAACUAGCUUCCUUGAAGGUUGAAGAUUCUGUAGUGCUUGCAUUUGCCCAAUCUCGACGUCCAAACUUCGUUCAGCAAUUCUCCUCAGAUCCCAAAGCAUCGGCCGAUCCUAAAUUUAUGGAGGCGUUUGAACUAAGUUCGGACGAGUUGGAAGAUGUUCUUUUCAAGCAGGCUUGGCUUACAUACUUUUGGCGAAGAGCCAAAGCUCAUGGUGUAGAAGAGGAUAUUGCAGAAGAGCAACUUCAGUUCUGGAUGAGCCGUGUUGGGCAGUCUCCGACAUCACAUGAUGCUGUUGAUGUUGAUCGAGGAUUGACAGAGCUGAGGAAACUGGGAAUAGAACAGCAACUGUGGGAAGCAUCCCGCAAGGAAAUUGAUCAGACGUCUUCAGCCUCAGUUGCUAAUACUAAAGUUGCUGCUGAAUUAGAGACGUCUCCAUGAUUGAUGCGGGCGUUGUUUGUUGUAUCUUUUCGUCUCUCUCUCUCUCUCUCAAUUUUUUCCUAUACAAUUUUCGUCCUCAUUAGGAUAGCAUUUUCAUUCGAAGCCGUGUGGCCACAUUGUUUCUGUUCUUUUUGCCUUUGCAUACAAGAGAAUUGGAGUCGAUUUGGAUUGUGCAGGAAGUUUGAGGGAAGGUGUAGUUAAGGCUGUUGAUAGAUUGGAUUUUGUAAAACCAAAUAAAACGUCAUAUAUGCAAUGUUGAAUGAAAUUUUGUGUUAAA